AUGUAUGAGAUCAAGGGUUUUGCCUCUGUUCUCUUCCCCAAAACAAAGACCUACAAUCAGGAGGGGAGCAGAGGAGCAGAAUGCCCAGAUCUCUGUGGUUCUCUUUCCCUUCUUUCUCUAGUGUGUGGAAAGCCUGUAUUUUCGAGCUGCAUUGUUGGUGGCCAGGAUGCUGCUAUAGGACACUGGCCUUGGCAAGUCAGCCUUCAUUUGGAGAACCCCAUCUGCGGAGGGUCCCUCCGCAGUAGGAGGGUACUGACAGCCACACACUGCCUACCCAAGUCCUCAGCUUAUUCAUACAGUGUUUGGCUGGGAUCCCUUAGAGAAGCCUCGAAAAAAGGCAAGGAGUACUCUGUGUCCCGAAUCGUCCUCCACCCCGAAUACGACAGCUCAAAAGGGGACAUUGCCUUGCUGAGGCUGUCUUCCCAUGUCACCUUCAAUGCCGACAUCCUGCCCAUCUGCCUGCCCGACACCUCCAAGCCAAUGAAAUUUCCCGCCUCUUGUUGGGUGACCGGAUGGGGCCUACUUAAGGAAAAUGCAGGUGACAAUUACCCUACUAUCCUGCAGGAAGCUGAAGUAGCUAUCUACAAUCGCCAAGAGUGUGAAUAUCUCUACAAUCAUGGCUCCUUCCUGCCGGCAUUGGUGCCAGUCAUCAAGGAAGACAUGAUUUGUGCUGGCGAUAUUAUAAACAAGAAGGACAGUUGAAAGGGUGACUCUGGAGGGCCGCUGUCCUGUCACAUUGGUGGCAUUUGGAUCCAGAUAGGAUUGGUCAGCUGGGGAGUGCAGUGUGGAAAAAAGCUUCCUGGGGUCUACACCAAUGUGGUCUACUAUCAAAAAUGGUUUAAUGACACAGCCUCAAGAGCCCACAUCUUGGGAGCCAGCAAUCCUGACUCAUUUGGCUUCCUGUUCCCUAUGAUACUGCUCCCUCUGGCUCUCCUGGGGCCCCUCUGGGCCUUUGGGCCUCAUGUACCUGGAGCGUAGGUGACACAGCUGAGGGAAGCCAGCAGGGUGAAUCC